AUGAGCGGCUCCAAACCCGAUAUUCUGUGGGCCCCGCACCACGUGGACAGAUUCGUGGUGUGCGAUUCGGAAUUGAGCCUUUACCACAUCGACUCCGCCGUGAGUUCGGAACUCAAGGCGGGGUCCUUGCGGCUGUCGGAAGAGACGACGGCCACGCUCCUGUCCAUCAACUCGGACACGCCCUACAUGAAAUGCGUGGCUUGGUAUCCGAAGUACGAUCCCGAAUGUCUCCUGGCUGUGGGACAGGCCAACGGCCGGGUGGUACUGACGAGCCUCGGUCAGGAUCACAACUCGAAAUCUAAAGAUUUGAUAGGCAAAGAGUUCGUGCCCAAGCACGCCCGGCAAUGCAACACCCUCGCCUGGAACCCGCUCGAUAGUAACUGGCUGGCUGCUGGGCUGGACAAACAUCGGGCCGACUUUUCGGUGCUGAUCUGGGAUAUCAGUAGCAAAUACGCCCCGGAGACGGCGGUGGCUACGGAGAAAGUCAGGCUUUCAGCGGGAGAUCCGGAAGCAGGACUGGUAGUAACAAAGCCACUGUAUGAACUGGGACAGAACGAUGCUUGUCUCUCUCUCUGUUGGCUUCCACGGGAUCAGAAGCUGCUUUUAGCUGGGAUGCAUCGGAAUCUGGCUAUCUUUGAUCUGAGGAACACGAGCCAGAAAAUAUUUGUGAACACCAAGGCUGUCCAAGGAGUGACUGUCGAUCCCUAUUUCCACGACCGUGUAGCUUCCUUCUAUGAAGGUCAGGUUGCCAUAUGGGAUUUAAGGAAGUUUGAGAAGCCCGUUUUGACCUUGACGGAGCAACCCAAGCCCUUAACAAAGGUUGCGUGGUGUCCGACCAGAACUGGCCUGUUGGCUACUUUAACGAGAGACAGCAACAUCAUCAGGCUGUACGACAUGCAGCACACUCCCACCCCCAUCGGAGACGAAACGGAGCCAACAAUAAUCGAAAGAAGCGUCCAGCCGUGUGAAAACUACAUUGCUUCCUUUGCCUGGCAUCCCACCAGCCAAAACCGAAUGGUGGUGGUGACUCCCAACAGGACUAUGUCUGACUUCACCGUUUUUGAAAGGAUUUCGCUGGCGUGGAGUCCGGUGACGUCCUUGAUGUGGGCUUGUGGGCGUCAUUUAUAUGAGUGCACAGAAGAAGGAAAGGCUAGUUCCUUGGAAAAAGACAUAGCCACCAAAAUGCGGCUCCGAGCGCUGUCAAGGUACGGCCUUGAUACCGAACAAGUUUGGAGAAACCACCUCCUAGCUGGCAAUGAAGAUCCCCAGCUGAAAUCCCUUUGGUACACUCUGCAUUUUAUGAAGCAGUACACUGAAGAUAUGGAUCAAAAACUUACGGGAAACAAAGGUCCCUUAGUUUAUGCUGGCAUUAAAUCAAUUGUGAAGUCAUCUUUGGGAACAACAGAGAACCUCAGGCACAGCCGGAGCGGAGCUGAUAGACAGGCGGAUAUUAUUCAGUACCUGAGCGAGGAGAGGUCCUUGGCUUUGCAGCUCUGCGGGUGGAUCAAGAAGGGAACAGACUUAGAUGUGGAACCUUUUCUAAAUUCCUUGGAACAGGAGGGAGACUGGGAGCGAGCCGCUGCUGUAGCGCUUUUCAACCUGGACAUACGGCGAGCCAUACAAAUCCUAAAUAAAGGGGCUUCCUCGGGAAAAGGUGAUCUGAACCUUAAUGUGGUAGCAAUGGCUCUGUCGGGCUACACAGACGAGAAGAACUCGCUUUGGAGGGAAAUGUGCAGUACUCUGCGGCUGCAGCUGAACAACCCCUACUUGUGUGCCAUGUUCGCCUUCCUGACAAGCGAGUCGGGGUCAUACGACGGUGUUUUGUAUGAAAAUAACGUGGCCGUGCGAGACCGAGUGGCGUUUGCUUGCAAGUUCCUCAACGACGCUCAGCUGAACAGGUUUAUUGAAAAGCUGACGAAUGAAAUGAAAGAUGCGGGGAAUUUGGAGGGGAUACUGUUAACGGGGCUGACAAAAGACGGAGUUGACUUGAUGGAAAGUUACGUUGACAGAACUGGAGAUGUCCAGACAGCCAGCUAUUGCAUGCUACAGGGUUCUCCGUCGGAUGUACUUAAGGAUGAGAGGGUUCAGUACUGGAUCGAGAACUACAGGAAUCUUUUAGAUGCUUGGAGAUUUUGGCAUAAACGUGCGGAAUUUGAUAUCCAUAGGAGUAAGCUGGAUCCCAGUUCAAAGCCUUUAGCCCAG